CUCUAUUUUAGUGUCGCGACAUGCAAGAGACUAUGCUAAACUUAAUACAUUACAGGGAUAAAGGCACAGUUCUGACGCAGAUGAGUUCAGGGGACUUCUUUGGAGAAAUAGGAAUAUUAAACCUAAACGAUGGAGUAAACAGACGCACUGCAGAUGUGAGGUCUGUGGGUUACUCCGAGCUGUUUGUGCUGUCGAGGGAAGACGUUCUGGCCGCACUUAAGGAACACCCAGACGCAGAGGUAAUAAUCCGCGAAUAUGGACAUAUGCGUUUGAAAAAAACUGAAAAACACCGCCAACAAGCUCGGAGCGCCCCAGGAUCGCCAGACUUGGUUCAAGUGAAUGGAACAACAAAUAAAAUCCACAGUAAAACGGACAUGUCGUCCAGAAAGUAUUUGAUUGAGUUUACAAAAAUGUCACCAAUAAGGCGUUGA